AUGCCUAAGACUCAUCCUAACGAUGGUCUCGUGUUCCUCUACAUGUGCAUCCUGAAUUCAGAUCUCACCACCAUUGACUGGAAAGCCCUCGGGGAGGCCACCAACCUCAAGCUUGGGGCCGCCCGCAUGCGUUACCACCGUCUGAAGAAGAACAUGGACGUCGUUAUCAAAGAUGGCAAAUUUGACCUCAGCACCACUUCUGCUUCCACCCCAGCCAAGAAGCAGAGUUUGGACAUGAUUACUGCUACCGACAAAGAAAGCAGUGUUGAGCCAAACAGCCCCGUGGUCGGCACAUCUGCUGGAGUCGUCAGCAUUGCUGCUCUUCUUAACAAGUCUCCCACCAAGCGCAAGAUGGCAGAUGAUGAUGACUCUGAGGCCGAGACCAUCAUCGAUCCCAGUUUCCGGGACUUGCCUGUGUAUCCUCCUUACAUGCAUACCGGUGGUCCUCUUGCUUUUAAGCCGACCGCGAAGAUGGUAAAGAAGGAAGAGUGA